AUGAGUGGUAUUAAACGAAAUUUGAGUGUUGAAGAUAAUACUGUAAGAACAGAUAUUACGAAUGAACAACCAGCAAGUUCAUACGAUUCUCCAGAUUCAAAAAAACUUCGACGUACAUCAGUAGAUUCUGAAAAUGAGGAACAAACUCAAAUAAUUGAACACGAAAUUGGCAUUAGUAAUGGUCAUUCAAUAAGUCAAUCUGAAACAGAAAGGUGCGAGAUAGAUAAUACACUAGAAGAGAACUCUUCUAAUUGUUCAAUUGUUUCAGCCGAUUUUGAUAAUGGAAAAGAUGAUAUUUAUCGAUAUGAGGGUACCAUUAUUUUUCAUACUCAUAUUCCACCACGAGGACGAUAUGCUCAAGUAUCAAGUGAACCAUCAAUAAUACGAACGUUUGCAUGGACAUUAUUAGCAUCUAUAGAACAAAUUUAUGAUAAUUCUCAACAUACUCAUACAGAAUCAUUUAGUCUUUUUCUUAAAUGUGAACCAGACAAAAAAUAUCAUGGUUGGUCUAUAUUUGCUAAAGCUGAAUUAACACUUUUACAUCCAACAGAUCCAAAUAAGAAUGUUAUUAGAAAAAUCAAUCAUUUGUUUAAUGUACGUUCCAAUGAUUGGGGUUUUCGUCAAUUUAAACCAUUAAAAGAAAUUUAUAGUGAAUAUAUACAUUCACUAGACAAUACAAUUAGAAUUCAAGCAAAUAUUCAUGCCGAUCCUCCGCGGAAUGUUGAAUGGGAUUCAAAAGGUCAAACUGGUUUUGCUGGUUUGCGCAAUAUUGGUGCAACUUGUUAUAUGAAUUCAUUCUUACAAACAAUUUAUUUUACCAAAAAACUUCGCAAGCCAGAUGAAUUUUGUCAACAUGAUAUUCAAGAAUUCUGUCGAGUGUUACUCGAUAAAUUAGAAUCAAAAAUGGAAGGUACAACAAUGGAAGGCGUCAUUCCAUCACUAUUUCAAGGACAAUACGUGCAAUAUGUACGAUGCACAAAAGUUUAUCAUGAAUCUCAAGUACAACAAACAUUCUAUGAUGUUCCAUUACAAAUACGAAAUAAUGCUAAUAUUAUAGAAAGUUUUCGAGAUUUUUGUAAAACUGAAAUAUUAACCGGUGAAAAUUUAUAUGAUGCUGGCAGUAUUCAUGGUUUACAAGAAGCAGAAAAAGGUGUUAAAUUUCAACAUUUUCCUCCAGUACUUUGUUUACAUUUAUUACGUUUUGAAUAUGAUUAUAAUUUAUCUCAAAAUAGAAAAAUAAAUGAUAGUUAUUCAUUUGAUUACCAUCUUGAUUUAAGUGAAUUUCUUGAAAAACCAAAUUGUUCAUUAUGUUCAUAUAAAUUAUUAUCAAUAUUAGUACAUAGUGGAGAUAAUUCAAGUGGACAUUAUGUUUCAUUUAUUAAUCCAGAAUUAGAUGGACAAUGGUUUAAAUUUGAUGACGAUGUUGUUGCACGAGUAGCACCAAGUGAUGCAAUGGAAAGAAAUUUUGGUGGGAUACGAGAUGAUGAUGGACGUAUGUAUAACACAUCGGCUUAUAUGUUGGUUUAUAUACGUGAAGAUUGUCAAAAAGAUGUUUUAUGUGAUAUUAAUCUAGAAGAUAUCCCAGAAACUUUAAUAAAACGAUUUGAUUAUGAAAAAAAAACGCUUUUAAAACGUCGUGAAAAUAUGUCCGAUAAUGAUGAUUUAGUUUAUAUACGAAUUAUUUUAAAUACUGAUUUUUAUACUCAACCAACAGCUUGUUUAACGGAUAUUGUUUAUUAUAAUUCUAUAGAUUUUCCAAACAAUAAAUCUUCAUGGUAUAUAAAAGCACGAAAUUCAGAUUUAUUUAGUGUCUUUAUACAACGAUUAGCAUAUGAAAUGGCAGUAAACCUCACUGAAGAUAUACGAAUAUGGAUAGUUAAUACUCAUAAAAUUCAUAUAAAUCAUCAAAAUCAUCAUUAUCAUUCUCAAUCAUUACUUACUUCUACACUAAUGUAUUGUGAUGAUUAUGAUAAAAAAAUUAUCGAUUUAUUUCAACAUAAAAUAUCAAAUCAACAAAUAUUAUCAAUAUUUGUUGAACAAAAAAUAUUUCUUAAUGGUGUCUAUCAAUUAUUACCAUUUGAUAAAAAUAAUGACAUAUUAAUAUUUGUUCGUUUAUAUGAUUCUCAAGAUGAAUCUCUUUUAUACAUUGGUCAUUUUCUAUUUUCCAAACAACAAUCACUUCAAAAAUGUUUAAUUGAUAUUGCUCUUCGUAUUAAAAAACCAAUAUCUUCUUCGACAAAAUUUAAUGUUCAUCAAAGUGUAUUGAAACACAAUCAAGUUCAUCAAUAUAAAGCCAUAAAAUCAUCAAAUUUUGAUUUACCAUUAUCUCAAGCACUUCAUUCAUGUGUAUCUGGUGUAUCAAUUAUAAUUCAAAUAAUUGAUAUGAAUCAAACACAUAAUGAAAAGUGCACUCUAACGUUAGAUGAUUACUUUCAAAGUCUCUUUAGUCGUCAAGAAUUUCAUGUUUGCAAUCGAGAUAAUUUACGAAAUGAAUGUCUCUUUAAAUUAUAUCUUUCAUUGGAAACAUCCAUUAAAGAAGUUAUUCGAUUGAUUGCUGAACGUAUUAACUAUCCAGAACAACAAAUUAUUAUACAAAAAUUUUCAAAUUCAGCAUCGAUAGCCAAUACGACACCUUCAACAUCUUUAUUACAUAUUGGCAGUGAACAAAAACUAAAAGAUCUCUAUUCAAGCAUACGUUUUACAGUAACAACGCCUCGAAAAAUCUACUUUAAAAGAUUACCGUUUAAUUAUACUGAACUUGAACAUCGUUGUUUAUUUCGUAUAUUUGUUACAAAUUCAAUAAAAAAAGAUGAGCAACGCGAAAUACAAUUUUAUGCUAAAAAAUCUUCAACAGUAGCCGAUUUUCUUAAUGAAAUUAAACAAUGGAUACCAACAUUAUGUUCUGAAAACGGUAGUCAACAAUUAAGAAUAACUGAACUAACUUUAAACCAUGAUAUAAAUCUUCCGUUUCGUCUUCGUAUAUGUCCAGAUCAAUUAUCAAUAGAUAAAUUUGAUAAUUGUUUAAAUCAUCAUUAUCAUUUAGAAGAAAUUCUUUCUGAUGAAAAUGAUCAUAAUAAAGAUUCUGUAUUAAUACCUGUUGCUCAUUAUACAAAAGAAAAUUUUAUACAAAUAAAUCUUCAAAAGUUUUUUCCGUUUUUUCUGAAUGUGAUACAUAAUGAAUCAUUUGAUGAUGUUAAACAACGAUUACAACUUAAAUUAGGUCUUACUAAUCGUGAAUUUGAAAAAUAUCGUUUUUCAAUAUUUAAUGGUAGUAAACUAAUACUUCGAUGUGAUGACAAUAUGGGACGAAUUAAUUUACGUGAACUGAUAUUGAUACAAAAUUCAUGUUGGCUUGGCUUAGAAUUACCACUAAUAUCAAAUACACGGAAAACUAGAAAAUCACUUUGUUCAGAAAAACCGAUUCGAAUAAACUAG